AUGGCCGACUUCAUAACCAAUCUCUGGGAAGCCGUCUUCACCCCCGGCCCCACUCCCACCCUCUUGCUAGCCACCAACAUCACCUUUGGCGCUCUCCAGCUCGUCCUUGCCGGUCUCCUCGCCGCUACCUACAGCAUCCACUUCUUCAUUCUCAGCGUUCUGUGUGGCGGUCUCUGGUGGGCCAUCAACUGGUUCGCCUACGAGUUGCAGCAGGCUCAGCAAAAGGAGGCCGAAGCCGAGCGCAUCAGAAAGUCCAGAUCAGGAGGCAGCACGCCCAAGAAGUCGUCUUCACAGCCUGGAGAUAUGGCCGACGACGAAGCCACCGAGACCGAGGUUGAGACCGCUGCUGGUGUCAAGGUUAACGUGUCAAAUGCCGAACUCGACUUCAACCCUACCCAGGAAGACGAACAGAUCAGAUCAGAGAUUCUCAACGACUUCAAGAGCGGCACGGUUUCGACGACUUCAGCUAGUACGACUGGUUUGCAGCGCCCGGAAGGAGAGAGCAGACAGCGCAAUGCUCCUACCGAUCUGAGUGCUUCGUCUACCGACUUUGGCACCGACAGCGAGUGGAUCAAGGUUGAUGAGGAAUGA